GGCUUGACAUCCAGAUAGAUUGAUCUCCCAUGGAAGCAUCAUGACAGACAGUACAUGGGUGAUAUUGUAGCCGUCUGGAUCUGAAGAUUGUUCCUUCUCUCCUUUCCCUUCCUUCCCCGCCCGACUCCUCCGUCUUUCCCCCGCGCUCCCCUCUCUGUCGACCUCACAUAAACCAUGCUUCAUUUCCGCACAGAAGGCUUCAACGGCUGCGGUGUUAAGUAUUCGCCGUUCUUUGACAAUCGUCUGGCCGUCGCCGCGUCGGCGAAUUUUGGACUCGUGGGAAAUGGCCGGCUGUAUAUCCUAGAGCUCACCCCGGAUGGGAUUGUUCCCUUGAAAUGGUACACGACGCAAGACUCCCUCUACGAUCUCGCCUGGUCGGAAAUCCACGAGAACCAAGUCCUCACAGCGUCCGGUGACGGCAGCAUCAAGCUCUUCGACUCUACUCUCGACGACUUCCCCAUCCAGAACUGGAAGGAGCACAAUCGAGAAGUCUUCAGCGUGAACUGGAACCUCGUAUCGAAAGACCGCUUCAGUUCCAGCAGCUGGGAUGGCACCGUUCGGAUCUGGUCACCACAUCGUCCCCAUUCCUUGCUCACCUUGCCUACACACAGCUGCACGUAUUCAGCUGCCUUCUCGCCUCAUUCCCCAGAUAUCAUAUCCUGCGUGACAUCCGAUUCUCAAGUCCGCGUGUUCGACCUUCGCACCCCUGCUUCUGCCUCCAAUCAUCUCAUCCUUCAAAUCCCGAUCCAUGCCACCCCAGCAAGUACUCUCACGUCCGGGCCAGUACCAGUCCCUUCCACGCCUCCAUCAGAAGCUCUCACGCAUGACUGGAAUAAGUACCGCCCCUCGAUACUAGCCACGGCGGGAGUCGACCGCACCAUCCGCACCUUCGAUAUCCGCGCACCCCAACAAGGACCCGUGGCUACCAUGCUUGGGCAUAAUUACGCCAUUCGCAAAGUUGUCUGGUCUCCCCAUCUCUCCAACAUGCUCCUCAGCGCCAGCUAUGAUAUGACCUGUCGUGUAUGGAGCGAUGGUUCUGACGCCAGUGCCAUCGGGGAUAAUGACACCAUGCGCGCCGGCCCCGUUGGCCCGGUCAUGGGAAUGGAAUUGGGCCGGAUGAGCCAACAUACCGAGUUUGUUAUGGGUGUUGAUUGGUGUCUGUUUGGCAGUGAAGGGUGGUGUGCCAGUGCAGGUUGGGAUGAGAGUCUGUACGUUUGGGAUGUAAGAGCAGUGGUCAGAUAGAUAGCUGCUGAGGGUAAUCUUUUUAACUGGCAUGAUUAAUGCACGACUGGAAUGAGAUUUUUUUUUAAAAAAAAACCUAUCUGGGAGCAUUACGUUGGAAGUUUGAGAAAUCCGCUGGAAUUGGCCAGGCAUUUAGAUAUCUGCUCUACGAUUACAAUUAUGCUUCGGUGUUCUACAUCAUCCCAGAUUCAACAUUUGAUUUACUC